UAAGCUCAUCACAGCAGAACUUGUAGCCUUCCGCUUCCCAAUUACCUCUUGUGGCUCGACCCAGCGGGAGGAGAAUGGGAGCUUUGUGUAUGAAAUGGAUGUCUUGGGGAAGAGGAUGAUUCAGACGGGGCCACUGGGCUCAAUAACCCGGGACAGCACCUUCAGCCUGCACAUCCAGUGCAAGUACAAGGGGGAGCUUGAGGCAGGCUUACAAAUCAAUGUCUCAGUUUACACCCUGCCUCCACCACUAGCUGCUUCUGAAGAUGGGAUCCUGAAGCUGGAGCUGCGAAUAGCAACAGAUGGCAGCUACAGCUGGUGGUACAGGGACAGUGACUACCCCAUUCAGAGAAUCCUUCAGGAGUCGGUGUUUGUUGAGGUUCGUGUGAAGGAUCGCACUGACCCAAUGAUAGUCCUGAGAUUGCGUGACUGCUGGGCAACCCCUGUGCCAGCCCCUGACCAUGAGGUGCAGUGGAGUCUCCUGGUGGAUGGGUAAGGACUCAAUGGCAAGUCUGG